AUGGAGGACCGCAUCCUCGACACCCCUCUACGGAACAUGGCUGCAGCGCGCAAGGCUCUGUAUAUGGGCACCGAAGCAGCCUCUGAUGCCCAUGAGGCUUUGGAACAGGAUACAAUAGCUACUGUUCCCAUCAACGGCGAGCAACCACUCCUACCGACUCAACCGACCCAAAUCUUGACCCAACCCACCCAAAUCGUCCAGCAUGCGAAUCAUGCAAAGCUCUCGCCACAGCGUAGCUCCGUGGUCCAAGUAGCUGGCUCAUCCCCUCUCGGCCCAUCAGUGCAAGGCUCGAAUCGGAAUUUCUCAGAGUCCAUUGCACCUAGCGGAACCCACUUUCGACCUCCAGCCUUUGCCACAGGCCCAGUCAGAAGAACACCGGUCAUAGAUCUUAGCGAAGAUGAUGGGCCUACCUACCGCGGUGGGUCUUCAGACGAUGAUUUUUCUACUGUGCGAACUACAGAUAUAAGGCCCUCGACGUUUGCAAAAGCAGCUCAAAGCCCGGAGAAAGAUGGAGACAUACCAUCGCCUGUUUCAGCAUCUGGAAGUUCUCUAGCCAAAUUUCGCGAAAUCACCGCAGCUGCAUUCUAUAACUCAGACCUACAAAAGGGCCAAAAACGAUCCGCUGAUAAUGCGAACAUAGCAACGAGCCUUUCAGAAGUGUGCAAUAAACGAAAUCGGACUGCAUCCAUUAUGUCUGACGACAACAACAUUCAGCUUAUUCAAAUAGAAGAUUUCACUCUAAAAACCAAAGUUCAGAGAUUAUGCUCAGUAUACCCCAAUAAAUCAGUUAAGUUUUGUCUGGAUACCCUUAUGCAGCAUCGCGGUAAUUACCAACAUGCUCUUGAGUAUAUUGCAACGUCGGAAGAAAGAAACCCCACAAAUCAAAUGUCCGAGGAUGAAUUGAGCUUGGAUUGCGAGCUUCCUCGAGUCUCUGCUGUAAAACAGCAAAUUAAAUCCAAGGGUCGAAUCCAGGAUAAGUGGACUGCCAGCCAACAGCCCAUGCUUCCCCGCCCAGAGUCAGACGAGAAGCCGCAGGCACCACGCCGGCGUCUAAUACGAGGGCCUAAAUCCCGUCAGGAAUCACCUGCGGAUACCACUAACUCCGAACAAUCUACACUCCUUAAGCCACCCAAAAAGCUUGCUGCACGUGGUAGAGCUCGGCCAGCCUCCCCAAAAAUCCCUCUUGAGGACGACUACUCUUCAGGCUCAGAAGCUGAAAUUCAAACUCCUGACGAUGGAUCCCAGGAAGCAAAGGUCUUGGAUUUUUUUAAUUCAUGUUCUCCAGAUGAUCUGGCUGAUAUUGCCGAGAUUACACUUGAAGUUGCAAGCGAAUUCAUUGCACAAAGGCCAUUCUCGACAUUAGCUUCUGCGCGACGUGUCUCGAUUGAACAACCCGAUACCUCAGGAAAACCUCCAAGUAAAAAGAAAAUCUCCAAGAAGCUUUUCGGAGAUAAAGUGGUUGACAAAUGUUUGGAUAUGUGGAUAGGUUACGAGGCAGUUGAUGCAUUGGUCGCGCAAUGUGAAUCUCUUGGAAAACCCAUAGCAACAGAGAUAGAACGUUGGGGAGUGGACAUAUUUGGGUCGAGGAAGGAUGGCGGCGAAUUGGAACUAGUUUCUCUUGACAAGGCAUCGCCAGAUGGAAUCCAAGACUCUGGUAUUGGAAGCCCGUCUAGUCGUCGAUGCUCGAGCGAGGAUGCGGACGACAUCAAAGAUAAAUCCCGAGGCAGAAAAUUCAUUUCCCAGCCUGCUAUAAUGAGUGACACAAUUACGAUGAAGGAUUAUCAAGUUGUUGGAAUUAACUGGCUCAAAUUGGUCUAUGACCAAGGCCUUAGUUGUAUUCUUGCCGAUGAUAUGGGGCUAGGAAAGACCUGCCAAGUUAUUGCUUUCCUUUCCCAUCUCCUUGAAAUAGGUGUUACUGGGCCUCAUUUGGUCGUUGUCCCAGCUUCGACCCUUGAGAACUGGCUCCGCGAGUUUUCCCUAUUCUGUCCAAAGCUCAAGACAAUGCCCUACUAUGCAGGCCAAGCUGCCCGAGCAGAAAUUAGACAGGAAAUAGAGGACAACAAGGAUAAUAUCAACGUUGUCAUCACAACCUACACCAUUGCGAAAGCCAAGGUCGAUGCGGCAUUCCUUCGGUCGAUGAAUUUUCAUGUUUGUGUUUACGAUGAGGGCCAUAUGCUGAAAAGCAGUAAAUCUCAACUCUAUGAGAAGCUUAUCCGCAUACCAGCACAGUUCCGUCUACUUCUUACUGGUACUCCUCUUCAAAACAACCUCCAGGAGCUAGCUUCAUUGCUUGGGUUCAUCCUACCCUCAGUUUUCAGAGAACGGAAGGAUGAUCUCGAGUACAUAUUCAGGGCCAAGGCUAAAACAGUGGAUGAUACACACUCGGCCUUGCUAUCAGCACAGCGAAUUGCUCGAGCAAAAUCCAUGCUUAUGCCAUUUGUAUUGCGGCGUAAAAAGCAUCAGGUGAUUGACCUGCCCGCUAAAAUUUCCCGUGUUGAGUACUGCGAAAUGAAUGAGUUUCAACAGGAGAUUUACCAGAACGAGAUCGAGUCAGUGAAGCAGCAUAUAGCCGACCGAGCGGCGGGAAAGAAAUCGACGAGAAACAAAUCAUCUAACAUCCUGAUGAAAUUGCGACAAGCCGCAAUUCAUCCACUUUUCUACCGUCGGUUCUACGAUGAUAAGACACUAAGUCGAAUGUCGAAGGCAUGCCUGAAAGAUGAAAAGUGGGCGCAUUCUGACCCUGACCAAAUUUACACUGAACUUCGCGAAUACAAUGAUUUCGAAUGUCAUACCCUAUGUACAGGCAGCCCCGCCUCACUUGGCAGGUUCUCGCUCAAAAAUAAGGAAUGGAUGAUGUCUGGGAAAGUCGAUAAGCUUUGCGAGCUCCUGACUAAUUUUAUCGCAAACGGCGACCGGAUUUUAAUAUUCUCCCAGUUCACGAUGGUCAUGGACAUCCUGGAGCAGGUCCUGGAGACACAAAAUAUCAAAUUCUUCCGCCUCGACGGGACGACCAGUGUUGAAGACCGACAAUCAAUCCUCGAUGCCUUCCAUGAGCAAGUGGAUAUUCCGGUGUUUAUGCUGUCAACGAAGGCCGGCGGCGCAGGGAUAAACUUGGCCUGCGCUAACAAAGUAAUCAUAUUCGACUCGAGCUUUAAUCCGCAGGAAGACAUACAGGCGGAAAACCGUGCCCACCGUGUCGGCCAGACACGUGAGGUCGAAGUGGUACGCCUUGUGACAAGGGGAACAAUCGAAGAGCAGAUCCAUGCACUCGGACAGACAAAACUAGCGUUGGAUCAGAGAGUUGCAGGGGAAGAUGAAGGCGCACCGUUCGGCGGAAAACGGGACGAUGAAAACCUUAAGGCAGUGGAGGAGCUGGUCAUAUCGACACUUGAAUUGGAGGGCCAGAAUAGCUCUUGA